GUUGGGAGAAGGAAGGCUGGGGGGGGUGGUGGAAAAAUAAAAGGAAAAGUCCCUGCACCAUGUAGACCCGCGCGCCCCGCGCCCUGGCACCCCGGCCGGCCGGGGACCACCCCCUCGCCCCCAGUCUGCGGCCAUGAACGCGAGCAACGAGGGCGAGAGCUUCCCGGGCUCGGUGCAAAUUCCAGGUGGCACAACCGUGCUGGUGGAGCUGACUCCCGACAUCCACAUCUGUGGCAUCUGCAAGCAGCACUUUAACAAUUUGGACGCCUUUGUGGCUCACAAGCAGAGUGGCUGCCAGCUGACCGGCACGUCUGGGGCGGCGCCCAGCACGGUCCAGUUUGUAUCGGAGGAAACGGUGCCUGCCACCCAGACUCAGACUGCCACUCGAACCAUCACCUCGGAGACCCAGACGAUCACAGUUUCAGCUCCAGAAUUUGUUUUUGAACAUGGCUAUCAAACUUAUCUGCCCACGGAAAGCAACGAAAACCAGACAGCCACUGUUAUCUCUCUCCCUGCCAAGUCGCGUGCCAAAAAGCCCACAGCCCCACCUGCUCAGAAGAGGCUCAACUGCUGCUAUCCAGGUUGCCAGUUCAAGACUGCCUAUGGUAUGAAGGACAUGGAACGUCAUUUAAAAAUCCACACUGGCGACAAGCCGCACAAGUGUGAAGUCUGCGGCAAGUGCUUCAGCCGGAAGGACAAGCUGAAGACCCACAUGCGCUGCCACACGGGCGUGAGGCCCUACAAGUGCAAGAGCUGCGACUACGCGGCCGCCGACAGCAGCAGCCUCAACAAGCACCUGCGCAUCCACUCGGACGAGCGGCCCUUCAAGUGCCAGCUCUGCCCCUACGCCAGCCGCAACUCCAGCCAGCUCACCGUGCACCUGCGCUCCCACACGGCUUCGGAACUAGAUAACGAUGUUCCCAAACCACCUUGUCCCUCCACUGACAGCAGUGAUGCCCAGAAAGCCCCUGUCGCGGCUCUUCCCUCCGAGUCGAAGGAACCAACAGCGACCCUUGGGGAGAGGACCUUCAACUGCUGCUACCCAGGUUGCCACUUCAAAACUGUUCAUGGCAUGAAAGAUCUGGACCGCCACCUAAGAAUCCACACGGGGGACAAGCCGCACAAGUGUGAGUUCUGCGACAAGUGCUUCAGCCGGAAGGACAACCUGGCUAUGCACAUGCGCUGCCACACCAGCGUGAAGCCCCACAAGUGCCACCUGUGCGACUACGCAGCCGUGGACAGCAGCAGCCUCAAGAAGCACCUGCGCAUCCACUCGGACGAGCGGCCCUACAAGUGCCAGCUCUGCCCCUACGCCAGCCGCAACUCCAGCCAGCUCACCGUGCACCUGCGCUCCCACACGGGGGACACCCCCUUCCAGUGCUGGCUCUGUAGCGCCAAGUUCAAAAUCAGCUCGGACUUGAAAAGGCACAUGAUCGUGCACUCGGGGGAGAAGCCUUUCAAGUGCGAGUUCUGCGACGUGCGCUGCACCAUGAAGGCGAACCUCAAGUCGCACAUCCGCAUCAAGCACACCUUCAAGUGCCUGCACUGCGCCUUCCAGGGCCGGGACCGGGCCGACCUGCUGGAGCACAGCCGGCUGCACCAGGCCGAGCACCCCGAGAAGUGCCCUGAGUGCAGCUACUCGUGUUCCAGCGCGGCCGCCCUGCGCGUGCACAGCCGCGUGCACUGCCCCGACAGGCCCUUUAAGUGCGACUUCUGCAGCUUCGACACCAAGCGGCCCAGCAGCCUAGCCAAGCACAUCGACAAGGCGCACCGGGACGAGGCCCGAACGGAGAACCGGGCCCCGCCGGGCCGGGAAGGGCCGCCCGUGGCCAAGAUCGUGACGCACAGGGCCUUCCGCUGCGAGACGUGCGGGGCGGCCUUCGUCAGGGACGACUCUCUGCGGUGCCACCGGAGGCAGCACAGCGACCACGCUGAGAACCAGAGCUCGGGCCUGGUCACCUUCCCGCCCGAGAGCGGCGCCCCCGGGCAGCUGGGCGCGCUGGUCUCCGUCGGGCAGCUCGAGGCGCCCCUGGAAUCCAGCCAGUGCCUCUAGCUGCCCCAGAGAGGGUGGCCAGCCGGCCGCAUCUCCGGACGCAACGCCGCUGCCCAGCCCUCAAGCCAGGCUGGACUCGCCCGCUCCGGGGACGCCUGCUUCCACCCUGAGGCCUGCAGAUGCCACGGCUGCGGUCACCGUGGGGUGAGGGCAGGCGCCGAGGCAGCCCUGGGGAGACACCUCCCCCAACCUCACCCCUUGUAUCUGUCUUCCCUCCAAACAUCGUCUAAGCAGGUUUCCUCGGUUCCAAGAUCGGAGGGUCCACUGAGCACUGCUCUAUCCGAUAGGGAUAGUUCCUUCACGAUGGAUUCCAGUUCUAAAACUGAUCCGCCCCUGAUGGGAUUAUGAAACAGACGAAUGAGACCACGUGGGAGACUACACUGAUCCGUAGAGCAGGUUAAGGGGAUGUCGGAGUAUGUGGAGGGUCAGGUGGCCGGGAGAGUUCCACUUCUUAACCUGGGUGGUGGUUUCUAAGAGUA